AAUCUAUUAUUGUCGACUAUCAAUACUAGUAGUGAUUAAGGUACGUCGAAGAUGUCCCUAUUCCAAAAUGGGUUUAAAUAUAUUGAGACCAACCAAGCUCCAACCAUCCUAAUUUGGAGCUCCUGAUCCCAGAUUUAUUCGCCCUGAUACUCGACAAAAACAUGGAGCUAUUUGCAAUGACCGACUCCAACGGGGGCAAUGUAUUCCAUUUCGCAGCUCACCUGAAUCAUGCCUGGGUAUUCGAAUUCUUAGUACCAAAAACUGAAUAUUUGACCCGAGAACGGGACAUGAAUGGAGAUCUCCCCAUUCAUAUUGCAAGCAAGAUGGGUUAUGUUGAACAUAUCGAGAAGCUAAGGAAAGUAUCACUUUUGCCAAAUGGGCAAGGGCAAAACAGGCAAGGGCAAAACAUUCUUCAUAUCGCCGCAAAAUAUGGUAGAGUCUCCGUGGUGAGAUAUAUACUCAGCCAUUCAAUUCUAAGGACAAUGUUAAAUGCACAAGAUAAUGAUGGAAAUACAGCUUUGCACUUGGCUGCGAUGCAUUCACAGCCCGCUGCUUUGAUUGAUCUUAUGCGGACUAACGGAAUUCUACCAAGCAUGUUCAACAUCGAAUGCUUGCUCGCUGUUGACAUUGCUCGACGACGACUCAAGGCAGAGGGGUAUAACAUUCGGCAUCAAUUGGCAUACCUGGCGUUGCUUUGCUCGCUCGCGGGAAAAGGUCCACUUGGAAACCAAGACUUAUUCCUACUUCGAGCGAAAGCUCGAGAUGAAGAGUUAUCAGUAGUCCGCUCGCGCAGAAGCAUGCCGAGCAGGGACAUCGUCAAGGAUUACAUCAAUUCCCGUAUGGUGGUGGCAACGCUUGUGGCCACAGUGAGUUUCGCAGCUGGUUUUGCAGUUCCUGGAGGAUUUAACAGCUCAGACACAGCCUCCAAAGAUGACCGGGGCAUGGCUACGAUGCUGGACAAUAGAAUGUUCCAGGCUUUCGUGAUUUGCAACACCAUCGCGAUGUUCUGCUCAAUGACUGUGGUCGUCAACCUCAUCUGGGCGCAGAUAGUUGAUGUCAACGUUGCAGUCGCUGCAUUCGAGCGCACAACGCUACCACUACAAAUUGCACUCCCGGCGAUGUCCACCGCUUUCUUAACUGGUGUCACCUUGACCGUUGGCAAACUCCCGUGGCUUGCUAACACCAUAUUUUAUUUGGGACUCGUUUUCCUCCUCAUUAUCUCAUUUGCUAAAUUGUUAGGGGAGCCUCUCAUCUUUGAAAUCCUCGGUCAUCCUCUCCGUCGACUAACAUUCUGGCUUAUUCUCGCUUACAUUUAUUUGUGGAGAGUUGAGACGUACAUUUAUGAUGACGAUGACGCGGAAGAUAACAGAAGGGAGAAGAAGACCUUCGCUAGUCCGCCUGUGGAUGUUGCCGGUGAAUCGAGGACCGAUGACUCGGCGAAAGCAAAAUGUGAGGAUUGCGGUACAUCCUCCAAGUCACUGAUUUGAAUUGUUCAUUCCAUAUUAUCUGUAAUAUGUAGUAAUAAUAUACGUUUUCCUUGGUAAGUGUGACUCACUCGACGGUUGCUUUCCUCUAC